AUGGACUACAUGAAUCUUGGGGUCACCGCGCGCAAAACCGGGAUCAAAAUUCAGCACGGUAUUCGCAAGGAUGAGUUCUCCAUGGAGAGCGUAGAUGAGUUUUUUAAAGAGGACGAAAGUUACAUUUCGACGCGAAGGAGAAGCCGAAAGUCGUCUUUGCUGCCCCUACAACAGCCGAUUUUACCUGAAGGAUUCACAGAAACAUCGAGAAGAAGCUCCAAUUUUCUACCGCCCAGCAUACCGACCAUUUACGAAGACUUUGCUGAAGAACCGGCUAGGGAAGCACUUACCGAGGAUGUCUUUGGCGGUGAUUUUGAUGAAGCACAAGAACUUAUAGAGGAACAGGAGUUAAGCCACAUUCAGGUGGAUCGUUCUGAGAGACGACCAACUACCAAAACAAGACGGUACGAACCAGAUUAUAGAACAGAUGAGGAAAGCUUUCAAGACGAAGCUCUGCCGCAAACCCCUGCCUCAGAUUAUGGCAACGAAAGCUACCGAGAUGUUCCAGAUCUGGUAGCAGACGAUGAAGAUGAACCGUCGCACGGGAAUACGACGUUUAACACUUCUGACAACGCCUUGCUUGAGGACGAACUGGACCGUGACUACGAACUUCAAAGUGAAGAAGAUGGUGAUUAUGUAGAGGAACAAAGGUACCGUGCCAAAAGAGGUUUUAGUGAGUCUGAAGACGAAGACAAUGCAAGUGGCCGCAGCUCUUCAAAUGAGCACGGUAUGUUAAAGAAUACCAAUCAAAGUAUACUCGGCAGGCCAGUUGGGAGGAAGGGACUUGUAAAUUCAGAUCAAGAAUCGUCUGUUGAUGAAAAGUCCGAUGACGAAUUUAUACAGGAUCAAGCGCAGGAGCUAGGCCAGGAAGUCAACUAUUCAAGAGUGAACGGCGUACGAAAAUCGAACCGUGUUAAAAUAGCGCCUUUGGAGUACUGGCGAAAUGAGAAAGUGGUUUAUAAACGCAAAUCAAGAAAACCGGUUCUGGAAAUUGACAAAGUCAUUACUUAUGAGGAAGACGAGGAUGAAGAAGAGGAGAUGCUUAGGAAGAGGAAGAUGGCCAAAAAAAGGCCAUUUAACUUUACUCCCUCAGGGAGGCCACGCGGUAGGCCCAGGAAAAAUCAGGACACGAUUGUUGACAUGGUGGAUGGACCAGGUAAUCCUAACCAGACUUUGAUAGCCAAAAUCAGUACAGGACAAAUUCGGCAUUCCGAAUGGGUUAAACAGGGCGUAUACAAGGCAAAGGUGAACACAUCUGCUGAUCACACGCAAAAAGAGGAGGAUGUGUUGGCGUACUCUGAUAUUGCUGCUCGCCCUGAACACUCACGCCACAUGAUAGAUGGAAAUUACUCCUUAACAGUUUUAUUUGACAAGUACAGGGAAUCUUUUGCGAGCGGGUUCUUGACGCUUCCCGUUGGAUCGAGGAAGAAACCAUCUGACUCUCAUAACGUUUUCAUCAAUUUUUAUCUGAUACAAGGUGUUCUGGAGAUCACAAUUGGCGAAAACACAUUGAUAUGUACUGAGGGGUCUUCCUUUCAAAUCCCCGCCUACAAUGAGUAUGCACUGAUUAACAAAGGAAAAAACAUUGCCAAAAUGUAUUUUGUGCAGGUCACUAUACCCAAUACUCAUACCAGUUCGCUUUCGGAACCUGUGGAUAAGCCUUCGAUGAAGGGGAAAGAAGACACGAGCAAAGACCCUAGAAAGUCGCUAAGCGACAUGAGUAUAUCACAAAGUUGA